UUACACCCAGUGCAUACCUCGCCGUUGUUGUCAUGAAGUUCUACCUGGCCCUCUUCACCCUUUUCGCUUCCGUCGCUCUCGCCGCGCCUGUAGAAGAGCGCGAGGAGCUCGUUCAAGCAAUUGCUUGGGCGAAGGCCGAUAAGCGCGAAGAGCUCGUUACUGGAGAGGCAUGGGCGAAGGCUGACAAGCGUGAGGAGCUUGUCACCGGGGAGGCAUGGGCCAAGGCGGACAAGCGUGAGCCUGAGGAGCUCAUCCAGAAUAUCGCUUGGGCGCAAGCAGAUAAGCGCGAGGAGCUCGUCACCGGGGAGGCGUGGGCGAAGGCCGACUAAAUCUGAAGC